AUGAAGCUAUUCACUCACUUGAGCCUCAUCAUUGCGCUGUUUACUGCUUUUGUAGCAGCGUCGCCUCUGGCACAUGCCAAUGCUGAAGCCAUUGCUGGAGCUCAUGCUCUCCCAUGGGCUGAUGCUAACCCGUACGCCAGUGCUGCUGCUGAAGCAUAUGCUGAGGCAUACGCUGAAGCUGUUGCUAUUGCCCAUCCUGAUCCUGAAGCCUACGCUUUGGCUGCGUCCGCAGAUGACUGUGCUACUAUCGCCUGUCAUGCUUCAUGUGGAUUGAUGAUUAUGGGUGGUUCUGAGUGUACACUCAACACCACUAACUCGUACGCUGGUCCAUACAACACUACUUGUCUCUGUAGUAGUGAUUCUUCUUUGAACAAGUACUACGCCUCUUGUAUGAACUGUGGUUGGACGUUGUGGAAAUACUACGGUCCUUAUGUCAGUGAGGCCUUGGCUGCCUGUGAGACCUUAUCGACUGAGCCAACAGGUACAUUGAGAUGUUCAACAACUUUGACUGAUGAGUACGUUGUUGACACAGGUAUUAAUGCCUGUGAUUACACAG